AUGAUGGCUGAGGGCAUGUUGGACCGUCCUCUGGACUUUGUGGUGAAUUGUUUGUUUUAUGUGGACCUUGUCUUGAACUUUUUCUUGAGCUACAAGAAUGCCAAGGGCCACGAGGUGGUUGACCUGAGGCUCACUGCGAAGAACUACCUGAGGAGUUACUUCCUGCCAAACCUCAUCGCUUGCAUUCCGCCACAGCUGAUCGAAGCGUUCUUUUCGGAGGGCAUGUCCCUGGACAGACGAAACAGGCGAGGAGACAUUUUGGAGGUGACGCGCUUUAGCCGCUUGCAGCGCAUGUCGCGACUAGCCCGGUUGGUGCGGUUGAUCCAGCUAUCGAAACUGAUCCGAUUCUUGGAUGAGAGUCCAAUGGUGGCUCAAUUCAGGAACCUUCGUGGCGUACGGAUACUGAACUUGUUUUGCAUGCUGUCCUGGGUAGCUCACAUGGUUUGCUGCGGUUGGUAUCUUUGCGCCUCCCUGCAGACUGCCGUCCCGUACCAGGACACCUGGCUUGGAAUGCGCAUUGCAGACGCGUCCGGUGGCAACUUAGUGAUACGUGGCGAUGGCAGUCCACAAACCCCGGAGGUCCAGUGGCUGCAUUCUUUUUACUUCGUGCUGACUGUUUUUACGACAGUUGGCUUCGGUGAUAUGUCUGCCUUCACUCCCGCCGAGAUUGGGUAUGUGUGCUGCACCAUGCUUCUAGGGGCAAUUGUCAACAGUAUCAUUCUGAACGAAGUCAUCAGCACCUUGACACGAAUGGAUGAGCAUUCCUCACGGGUGGCGCAGCAGAUGCAGGUCGUGCAGGACUUCUCCGAUCACUGCGAUCUAUCUCGGCCCUUGCGGAAGCAGUUCCUUGGAUCCAUGUCAGACAUCGGGUGA